CUUAGCAGCAGGUAUUUGAAGGUGGUAGCAGGUACCCCAAGGAGCAGUGGAAGUUCCUGGUGUCUCACUGAGCCCCAGUUUUGUUUUGGAGUCCCUGGAGUCAUCAAAGCAUUUCAGCUUGUUUGAGGAUACUGGAGUACUCCUUAUGGUCCCACCACAGGGGAGCCUCAGACUUACAGCUGUUGGAGUGAUUUAUCUUCAGAAUGUGGGGUUGAUGCCUGCACCCUGCUGUGCCACCAGAGCUGCCUGAACCACCCAGCAGCAUGGUGCAGUGGGUGGUUAUGGUGGUAGCUCUGGUGCUCGUGACUUGUGACCAAAAGCUGCGUCGUGUUGUCUCCUUACUACACCCUUUGGCUAUAGCUGUUUCUUGUUGCUGUUUCAAUUCUCUAUUCUUAGAGUAAAAAAAUGCUCAAGAAAUUAUGUAUAUUAAAAACAGGUGUAUGUGAAAACAACCUUCGGGAUGGUCCAGUCUGGCACAUGGUUUGGGAAAUGACAGAGCUAAGGUGGCAUGGGCUGCACCAGCUGAGCCUCUGGGCUGUUACACAUUGUGAAACUCUCUUGACAUGAUCAUGUAGUUUUGGUGGGUUGUUUAUCUUUUUGUUCCCAAAGAGCCUUGUUUGGACUUUGGUGUGUCAUCCAAACCCAAGUGCUCCAAGCUUGCCACAUGCUUCACUGUUCCUCAUUUCUUUGUGCUCACUGAGAGCCACCUGAGGCCAGUUUUGUAAAGUGAGCUGGGGUUUGCAGCCACAGCUGAGGCCAGUUGGGGCUGUUUGUAGUAGCACAGGGGUUGUUAGUAUCCAUAAAGACUGUGAGCACUGGUGGGCUCAGAUUGGUGUCUUAAGUUAUUGGGUAACUCAAACCAGCAGUUGUCAGUAGCCUCUAUUUCACUUUGUCUCAGUUUCAUGCCCGUGGGAUGGUUGUGAUGCCACCAAGCUUCUUUGUAAGCAGAGGGUAAGAAGAGUGACCUUUUUGGGUGGCUGUAACUGAAGAUUGCUUCACAAGAGCAACAGAAGAAGGUUUUUUGAGUCAUGAUGCAAGAAUCUGGGACUGAGACAAAAAGUAACGGUUCAGCCAUUCAGAAUGGAGCGAGCGGUGGCAACCAUUUACUAGAGUGCAGCCUGCGGGAAGUGAGAUCAAACGGCGAGACACCUUCAGUUGAAAUUGGGGCUGCAGAUUUAGCACAUCUUCAGCAACAGCAGGCUCUCCAGGUAGCACGGCAGCUUCUACUGCAACAGCAGCAGCAGCAGCAACAGCAGCAGCAGCAGCAGCAACAAGUUAGUGGAUUAAAGUCUCCGAAGAGGAAUGACAAACAGCCAGCCCUUCAGGUUCCAGUGUCGGUGGCUAUGAUGACACCUCAAGUUAUCACUCCCCAGCAAAUGCAGCAGAUCCUCCAGCAACAAGUGCUAACUCCCCAGCAACUCCAAGUCCUGCUCCAACAGCAGCAGGCACUCAUGCUUCAACAGCAGCAGCUUCAAGAGUUUUAUAAGAAACAACAGGAACAGUUGCAGCUUCAACUUUUACAGCAACAACAUGCUGGAAAACAGCCUAAAGAGCCGCAGCAACAGCAGGUGGCUACGCAGCAGUUGGCCUUCCAGCAGCAACUCUUACAGAUGCAGCAGUUGCAACAGCAGCACCUCCUGUCUUUGCAGCGUCAGGGCCUGCUGACAAUCCAGCCUGGCCAGCCUACUCUGCCUUUGCAGCCCCUUGCACAAGGCAUGAUUCCAACAGAACUGCAGCAGCUCUGGAAGGAAGUGACAAGCUCGCACACAGCGGAGGAGGCAGCCAGCAACAACCACAGCAGCCUGGACCUGUCCACCACCUGUGUCUCCUCCUCCGCGCCGUCUAAGACCUCCUUAAUCAUCAACCCACACGCCUCAACUAAUGGACAGCUAUCGGUCCACACUCCUAAACGGGAGAGUUUAUCCCACGAGGAGCAUUCACACAACCAUCCGCUGUAUGGACACGGUGUAUGCAAAUGGCCAGGCUGUGAAGCAGUAUGUGAAGACUUCCAGUCAUUUCUAAAACAUCUCAACAGUGAGCAUGCGCUGGAUGAUAGAAGUACAGCCCAAUGUAGAGUACAAAUGCAGGUUGUACAGCAGUUAGAGCUACAGCUUGCAAAAGAUAAAGAGCGCCUGCAAGCCAUGAUGACACACCUGCAUGUGAAGUCAACUGAACCAAAAGCCACCCCUCAGCCCCUGAAUCUGGUAUCGAGUGUCACGCUUUCCAAGACUGCAUCUGAGGCGUCUCCACAGAGCUUACCUCAUACUCCCACCACCCCAACUGCGCCCAUCACUCCUGUCACGCAGGGACCGUCGGUCAUCACUACCACAAGCAUGCACAAUGUCGGACCCAUCCGGAGGCGGUACUCGGAUAAAUACAAUGUCCCCAUUUCUUCAGCAGAUAUUGCCCAGAACCAAGAAUUUUAUAAGAACGCAGAAGUUAGACCACCAUUCACAUAUGCAUCUUUAAUUAGACAGGCCAUCCUCGAAUCGCCAGAAAAACAGCUAACACUAAAUGAAAUCUACAACUGGUUCACGCGAAUGUUUGCUUACUUCAGACGCAACGCAGCGACAUGGAAGAAUGCAGUGCGUCAUAAUCUUAGUCUUCACAAGUGUUUUGUGAGAGUAGAAAACGUUAAAGGGGCAGUAUGGACAGUGGAUGAACAAGAGUUCCAAAAACGAAGGCCACAAAAGAUCAGUGGUAACCCUUCUCUUAUUAAAAACAUACAGACCAGCCACACCUACUGCACACCUCUCAAUGCUGCUUUACAGGCUUCAAUGGCUGAGAACAGUAUACCUCUAUACACUACUGCUUCCAUGGGAAAUCCCACUCUGGGCAAUUUAGCCAAUGCGAUGAGGGAAGAGCUCAAUGGUGCAAUGGAGCAUACGAACAGUAACGGGAGUGACAGUAGUCCAGGACGUUCCCCUAUGCAAGCAAUGCACCCCGUGCAUGUCAAAGAAGAACCGUUAGAUCCAGAUGAAAAUGAAGGCCCGCUAUCCUUAGUGACAACAGCCAACCACAGUCCAGAUUUCGAUCAUGACAGAGAUUAUGAAGAUGAACCUGUAAAUGAGGACAUAGAAUGAGUAUGUCUGACAUCGUUAAUGCUGAGAAUGAAGAUUGGAAAAACGCGUCAAAACUUAGCUGUGAAAUCUCUCCAUUAUUGUACAGUCUGGAGGAUUCUCAGUCCACUUUGACAACUAUGAAAUAUGUUAACUCUUAGUGCCAUCAAGUAUCCCAUUUGGGAGUAUUUUUGAUUUUUCUACUUUUUGUUGAAAAAAGGAAUUUGUACUCUGUGCAUUGGAUGGACUUGUUUGGUACUUGGGAUUUUCCUCUCUUACAGUCAACAUCAGUGUUGUAAAUUUGCUAAACUGAUUCACUUGCAUUUAGCAGCCAGCUGUGGACUGCAGGUCCUGCCAAUUUUGGACAUUUGAGGACAUCAAACUGAGCAUGUACACCUGAACUGCAGAUCAAGUCUUUGCCCAGAUUUUAAGGAUUCCAAUGGACAACAUAUUUGCACAGUACUGCAUGUUGAUUAUCACUGCCUUUACUCCAUAUUUUUGUUUUUUGGUUGGUUUCUUUUUUUUUUGCCUUUUUUUUUUCCUUGUUUUUUUGCUUCCAUUUGGGAUGGGGAAGGCCUGUGUGUGCACGUGUGUGGAUAUGUGUGUGUGCGUGUGAGCGUGUAUAUCGGGGAGGGGUUAAAAGAAAAAAUUAUCCCAAACAUUUUAAUGUAUUGCUUUUAUUCCCCCGCCCCACUUCUCCUCUACCAUUUUAAGUUCUGACCUCAGGCCUCAUCUGGGCCCAGGGCCUCUCAGAGGCUUCAACGUUUUCUGUACUUUGUGAUGAAUGUUAAUAGGUGUUUUUAUUAUACGAAGCUGAAUGUCAUUGAAUUGUUUGUAGUUUUUUCUGUCAUUCAUUCCAGUUUCCUUCAGAUGCCACCAUGUUUUCUUUAGCUAUGGAAAGCAUUCCAUUUCGGUGUCUCCUUUUUUUUUUUGUUGUCGUUUUUUGAAAAGGUCCCAAAUGCUGCACGAUACAUGUGGAAGGGUUGUCCAACGGAGAGAGAGGAACGAAGUACUGCAAGAAUGAGAAUGAAUGACAGAUGAACAUAGAAACACUGUAGGAAGCAACACAGAUUCAUUCCACAAAGCAGUAUUUUUAAUAUAUUUUCUUUUUGUUUGGGUUUUUUGAUUAUUUUUUUAUUACUUUUCUUUUGGCAGCAAUGGUGAAUAUUAGCAAAUGCCACAAAAUUGAACAGCACAAAGAAAUAUAUGCAGCACCAACAGAGUUCACUUUUGUUAGAGGAUGAAUAGUACAGUGGCAGGUUCUCGGUUGGUUAACACGAGUUCUAAUGGGUCAACAAAUCUUUCUGGAAUAUCUAAGAUUACAGAGAUGGGCACCUAUACAUUUAUUAUUACAAUUAUAUUUUUUUUCUUCUUAUGCAUUUGCAUUUGCAAAUAGUGCUUGGAAAGAUGACUUCAUUAAAUUGUUAUUGUACAUGGUGAUGCUUCACGGUUAAACAUCGGCUCAGAAUUUCUUGGUGGCAUUAAUCUGUUUGAAUACAAAUUAGAUUUCAGAUUGUACUUGUUACAGAGUUAAUAAGGACAGAGGCCCACUAAUGCUAAAAGUGUUAAUUUUCAGCUGUGCAAAUCCAGUACUGCAGUUAAGAUUGUUAUGCAAUAUUACACCAGCCAGUAUGGAAACCUCGCCAUAGGAGACAGGAGAUCCAGGAGAGAAUUCGCUUGUUAAGGAAAACUGGCAAGGCUCUUCAAAGCAAACAUGACAUACAAAAUUUGUUGUGAUAGGUCAAUAAACCUUGGUCACCAAACACCUAAAUAUUUUCAUUCUGCAACCACUUUCCAUCACUCAUUUAUUUAUGUAGGACUGUAGCUUUUUUAUUAUUUCAAAAAGCCUUUCAGAGCUUAAUUUAUAUUCUUCUUUGUACCUUUCUUUUUCCUAAAAUUACCAAAGAUAUUACACAAACGUAAAUUAUGUUCUCUGUUAUAUGCUUUAUCUUAUGAAGCCAAAUAUCCUCUUAUUGUUGAUCAAAGGAGGUUGAAGAAUUUAGAGGGAAAUGACAAGAUGUGGGCUAUUGCUAACCUGAGAGGGAAACUGCUCCUUUAUUCUAGAAAAUUUAGAAGUCCAAGUAGAUGUCUGAACCAAAGUUAUUACUUUUUAUUUGCAAUUCUUUACAGUGACCAAAAUGAAAGUCUGUAAAGAGGAAUCGAGGAGAGCUUUUGAGGCUAAAACUAGGAAUCAGUGUUACUGGUGGAGCUAUGAGAAGGGAGCUGGAGAAAGCAAAGACACAGUUAUUUUGUGGAAGAUUAGAGUAUCAGAUAAAGGAGACAGUUUAAUAAAAGACAGAAGAGAACAGAAAAGCUCCCACAAUUAACCUGGACAACGUAAUAGUAUUUCUAGAAUUAAAAGAAAAACAAUUUUUUGGUCUUUGGUUCUGCAGAUUCUGUGCCACUUCUGUUCCGGGACUGUGCUAGGAUGACUGCUUGAGUUUUGGUUGAUCUUGGCACAUUUGCUCAGUUUUGUUUCAGUUUUUUUUUGGUCAGCAUUUUUCAUGAGGAAAUAACACUCCUGUCCACUCAUAAGCUUUGGUACAAGAAAUUUUAUUGGCAGUUACUUUGAUAAAAACUCAACUCUGCUUUCUGUUUCAAAAGACAUAAAAAAAAAAAAAAACAGAGAAGAAAAGAAAAAAAAAGGGCAGUCUGUGGUCAUUUGAAACAUUUUUUCUUUUCAUUUAAAUUAUAUCCAGGCAGCUUCGUGACGUGCCGGCGGUAGCCAGAUGGGGAUCAUGAGAAUUGAGCCCUGUGCUUCUAAACUGAGUGGUUUGCUGGUUAGUUCGGGAUUCAGAAGGGGAUUAAAAUCUGGUAGAUUAGUUCAUCCUCAGCAUGUGUAGCUAGACAUGAGUAAAGAUAACAGCAUGAGAAAACUGUUAGUACGCAUACCUCAGUCCAAACUGUUAGGGAAUGAGUAAAUAAAAAAAAAUACAUUUCACUCAGUUGCACUUAGUUGUAUGUCUUGCAUGCUUAGUCUAAAGACUGUAGCAAAAACAAAAAAAAAACUUAAAAAAAAGAGAAAAAGAAAUAAAAAAUUAGAUUUUAACAUAUCUGGCAGGUGUCGCAGCCUUGCAGAAGAACCAACUGAAAAUCUCAGGCUUUACAUCAAGCAAACUUCACUAUGAUUUUUACAAUUCUGAUUCUCUAUCCCUUUGGAUAUACAGUUGCUUCUUUAGGGAGGGGUUUAUUAUGUUGUACAUAUAUAUCCCACUGUGUCUGUGUGAGCCUUUGUCUUUUGGGGGGAGGGCGGGGAGGGAGGAAAAGGUGGAAAGGUCCUUUUUUUUAGAUAUCAUUCCUCAAAAGGAAUAAAUGCAGACCUGUUUGUCAAAACACCUUUUGCUUUUUGUGCAACUGCUUUAUAUUAACUAUACUAAAAAAAAAAUAGCUUUGAAAAGAAAAAAAAACCUACUGUAUGUAAUGGAAUUGCAGAAUACGCUGCACAUGUAUUUUAUUUAGUUAUCCUUGCUUUAAGAAUAUUGGAUGACGUUUGCUGACAUGUGGGAGAAAAUCCCUGACUUUUUUUUUUUCAGCUUUUAAAUUGUAACAUAGUUGACAGAGUUUUUUCUCUUUUUUUUUUCUCCUGUUAUCAUUGAUCGAAGCGUUUUUGUACAGUUUUUGUGUUUAAGCUGGUUUUUUUGAUACUUUCCCACCCCUUCUGUUCAUCUUACCACUGCCUUUUCUGGCUGUCUUAAACAAAGUUCAUCUAUUUGAAAGGAAAAAAAAGAAAAAUCAUUAAAAAAAAAGGAAAAAAAGGAAAAAAAAAAAGAACUGUUUUUCUCCUGCUGCAGUAAAUAUUUUGCAUGAUGAAUUCCAGGGUCACACUUUCAAAGUUUAUCAGUGAAGUAGUGAUUAAUAACGGGGAGUGUCAAACUAUUGAACUUUUGUAUAAAACAAGAAAAAAACUUUACAAGGUGCCAAGAUGUAAAGACAAUUUGUUACAUGUUUUUUUUCUCAAAGAAAAGCGUACAUUAUGAAAGUAGUACCAUGUAUCAGGUAAAUCGCUGUCAGGAAUGAGAGUCAAAGCCUUCCUUGUCCACAAAACAACAACCCCAAGUUUGUAAAUGUAAAACCUGUUGGGUUUCUGCAUUCAACUCGAAGUGAAAUGAAAAAUCAAGGCUUAUGUAGAAUAAGUGACCGCAAAAAAUGACCUUUUUUGAUUCUCACUCGCAAGAGUCCCGCUGUAGGUCCUGCACCUCCCCUCUCCUGGAGCUCCCGCUUUGGGAAGAGGCCGGGGCAGGGAUUCUGGUUGUACAACUGUUGCAGAUCAUUAGAUAUUUUAUAUAUAUACAUACAUAAAUAUAUAUAUAUAAAGUUUUUAAAAAUAAUUUUGAACUAUUGUAGUUUUCAGAUUGCAAAUAAUUUCACGUUCAUUAUAGCAUGGAAAAAAAACCCACCACCAAAUGUGUUUAAACUCUUUUGAAAUCUUUUGGUACCUUUGGUUAAUGAACUCCAAGUGAGUUUUUAGAUGUUUCCGAAGUCAUUUAGUAUUCUAGUCUUGCGAGGUGAAUUUGCAGUUACGGACUGCAUUUUAAUGGGCCCAGAACAGGUAAACAAGUAUCUUCUACCCAUAAGCCUUGAUGAAAAUGGUACAGUCCAGACUGUUAGCAUGGUGCUUUGUGUGUAUGUGCUGCCAGUAACAAGAUUUUUUUUUUCUUUUUUCUUUUUUCUUUUUUUUUUUUUUUUUGAUAAGGCAUAAAAGAAACUCAUUCCUUACAUCAACUGUAAUUCCAUCAUUCCAUGUCUGUUGAUACAGACAAUAAAAAAUGUUGUGUAGUCAGUACUAAUUACUGACAUUAUAGCAUUCUCAAAUGCAAUAAAAAUGCUGGUUGUUCACACUGGUAA